AUGCGGACUCCUUUGCUAAGUAGCCCUGACACGCUACAAGUCAACAUUCUUAACUGUGAUGUAGAAGAGAGAAAUGUUGCCAAGAAGGAAAGUUUCUCUAUGCUUUGGGAGGAUCUGACUAUGGAAGUAAGGCGGCAAGAGAGGUAUAAGCCCAUCAUUAUUGUACUUUUUAAGCAUUAUUUUACUUUAUGGAUAUAACAUUUUUAUAUAUAUAAUGGGUUUGAUGUGUUUUUUUCCUAGGGUUUAUCAGCAUAUUUCAACUUUUUUGUACUAAAAUCAAACUGAGUAGCAACUGGGCAGGGUGAGGAAGGGAAAGGGAGUGGUGCAGGAUUUUAAUGCAUGGCAUUAAACAUUCAGUGAUACUUUAACAUUAUGAUUUUAUAGUUAAGAAUUUAGAGAUGGUUUAAUCUUUCUAGUGAUGAUAAACUUGGCAGAAUUUGUGUUGCUUCUCUUAGCAAUUGAUUCAGUUUUUCCAAAGAUCUGAACGAAGAAACUAAUGAGUCAUCCAGGAAUGAAGCUGUUUGUGAAGCAUCGUUGAUUUUUUUUACUGGGGAGAAGCAGGAGAAAUGACUUUUCCCCAGAAAAUAGUCUUAAAUUAUUUUUUAAAAUGAAAACAGAUGAAUGCAUUUGACUACAGCUCCUGCUUAAUUAGCCAGUGUUAAGAGCCAAGUAACUCUAAACUAGCAGCCAAGGAAAUAGGUAGUCACACUUUCACUGACUUUCAAUUUUUAGUAACUUUUGCAAAUUUGGAAUCAAAAUUAGCAAAUAGAGUUCUCCUGUGUCAGGUCAGAUAGGUGAGACAGGAAAUAGCUAUUUGUGCAAUAAUAAAAAUUAUGCAGUUAAUAGACAAUGACUGGGGCCAUGCUUCAGAGAAGACCUUCUUAAAUGAAAGCAUCUUUAGUAGCCAUGUAAAUAUCAAGAUGCUUCGCACCUGCCAAAUUUUGCAAUUGAUUCCAGAGUAUUGGUGCUGCAACAUCAAAUGUCCAGUUUCUGGUACAAGCUAAGAGCAGCCCUGAAGCAUGUGGUACUCUCAGCAGUGCCCCAUCAAAGUAGUGCAGUUGCUGACCAGGGAUAAAGCUAACUUGGUCCCAUGUUCUUGGGGUUUAAAAUGCUGAAACUAAAAGCCAAACCUUGAAUUGUUCUUGUAGUAUAUUGGCAGCUCUCUCAGCAGAGACAUUAUGCACGGUUAAUGUGUCAACAACCUAGCCGCUGCAUUCUUCGCCAGCUGCAGCUUCUGCAGCUUCCAGACUAAGCCCAAGGGAAGCCCCAGAUAGAGCACAUUGCAAUAAUCCAGUCCUGUGGUCACCAGUGCCAGGAAAACAGGGGCCACCUAAUCUUAGCUCCGGAGCAGCUGUAGCUGUUUUACCUGCUGGUGAUGCUCAAGGGCACUCCGAAGCCACUGAGGCCACAUGUGCCUCAUGACAAAAUAAAAAUAAAAAUGGAUCCAGGACUCGAGCACCCCAGAUUGAGUACCAGUUCCUUCAGAGGGAAUGCACCUCCAUCCAGAACAGGGAACUCACCCAGAGGGCCUUCAUCUUGAUAGGGUUUAAAUCAGGGGGUGGCAACCUUUUUCAGCCGUGGGCCGGUCCACCAUCCCUCAGACCAUGUGAGGGGCCGAACUUUUUUUGGGGGGGAUGAAUGCAUUCCUGUGCCCCACAAAUAACCCAGAGAUGCAUUUUAAAUAAAAGGACACAUUCUACUCAUGUCAAAACACGCUCAUUCCCAGACCGUCCACGGGCCAGAUUGAGAAGGCGAUUGGGCCGCAUCCGGCCCCCGGGCCUUUGGUUGCCUACCCCUUGUUUAAAUGCAGUAUAUUGGCCGUCAUCCAGCCACUACUGCACCCAGACACUGUUCCUGAGCCUGCAUCAGCAUAAUUAAUGACACUUUGCUCCAAAGUCCCUUGUGACAGCUCCCAAGAGCUUCCCAUAGGUGUUAAAUAGCACUGGGGACAAAAUAGUGCCCUGUGGCACCCUGUAUCACAGAUGCCAGGGGACUGAAGAACUGACCUUGCAUGUAGGAUUGGAACUACCAUAAAAUGGUACCCCCACCAAGCUGGUCCAGGGGGAUGCCAUGGUCAAUUGUAUCAAAAGGCAUGGAGAGACUGUGCCAGGUUGACUCCCCUUGUCCCUCUCCUGAUAAAGGUCAUCCAUCAGGGCAACCAAGGCUGAUUCAGUCCCAGAAUCCAGACUGAAAUGGGUUUCAUAGAAGAAUGCCUGCAACUGCUCUAUAUCAUGGCCUUCUCUAUUAUUUUCCCUCUGCUCUGAGCAAUGGGCACCCCCACAUCAUGUAACAGCAUUUAAAAAAAAUUGAUUGCUUCUAUGGGUUCCUCCUGUGAAGCCAUGAUGCCAAGGGCCUUAAAAAAAAUUCAAUUAAAAUAUGUUGUUGUUUUUGUUGUUAUGUACUUUUUUUAAAGCACAGACUGCUCCCAGGGGUCCCCUGCUGUGUAUGAUACCAAAAGGUUUUUUGGGUCCUCCUAAUCCUGCCAAGUUUCUUUAUUUAGAUGACAGCAAGAACAACAGCAGCAGCAUAUAUUUAUUUGUUGACUGCAUCCAAGGCUCCCCCCCCUCAAUUUUGUCCAUUUUGAAUACUACUACUACUACUACUACUAAUAAUAAUACGUUAAAACAUUAUUUAACUGACUGCUCCCAUAGGUACCCCAUUUGUGAUACUUUGAUAUCAAAAGAUUUGUGUCUAUCCCAAAUCUGUCAACUCUCAUGGGCCCAGUAUUCUGAUCCUGUGAUGCUUAGCAGUUUUUGUGACCUCUCAACACACACACCCAUUAUAUAUGUGGGGUCUCUCUCUCUCUCUCUCUCUCUCUCUGUGUGUGUGUGUGUAUAAUCUGUCUACACAUACAUGCAUACAAUUAUUGAUUACACUCACUUCGACAUGUGGACAUGUGGACCUUGGAGGGUCAAUGCAGCCCUUAGCCCCAAAAUGUUAGCCUCCACCCCCGUUCUGUACCAUUUACAUUUUCCUCACAAGUUGUAACUGCUGUGCCAUUUUUAUUCUUUAACUGGAAGACUGCAACUCACCAUUAGGUCACAAGUUUGCCAAAGGUGAGUUGUACUAGUAACAUCAUUGCCGUCUUUCAGAGAAAAUGUAACAGGAAAGGAAACAGGAAAAAGGAAAGGAUAGCCUAAGAGAGUAAAGGUUAAAACAAUGUAUAAGAUAAUUUUAAAGGGCUCCAUGUGUUUCUGAUCCAGGGAAUGUUGACAGCCACUAACCUGCACUGUGAAAACGUAUUCUUGUUUAGUCUGGAAUUACAUUCUCCACAGGACAAGGUUGCUGGAAUGGAAUAGCUUCCGCCAUGAGAAAUAUGAAAAACAACACCAAGACACCAUUCUUGUGCAGAGAUCUCCCAGCUUGAAGAUACAGAUGGGGAGACUGGGAGAAAAGAUGAAAGUGUACCGCCUUCCCUACAAGAAUGUGCUUCCUGUACCCUUGUUUAAACCAAGCAAAUUACCAAGCAAACAUAAUUAUGCAUCUGAAGGAUGUCAAACCAGAAAUGUCCCUGCUUCUGAAAAAGAGGCAAUCAGACGAAUGGCAAACGGUUCUCAGUCCACCAAGCCAGGUUUCCAGGUUUCCAGCCUUCUACCCCAACAAAAUAUCUGGUGCCCAUCAAUGCAUUAA